CAUUUAUCCAGUCGGAGAGCAUAAUAGAAGUACUGCGUUUUGAUGAUGGAGGGCUACUACAGACUGAGACAACACUUGGGCUCAGUUCAUAUCAGCAGAAAAGUGUGUCCCGGUACCGCGGCCACUGCAGGCCCAUACGGUUCGAGCCACCAAUGCUGGACUUCCACGAGCAGCCAGUUGGAAUGCCAAAAAUGGAAAAAGUUUACUUACAUAAUCCUAGCUCUGAAGAAACUAUUACUUUAGUAUCAAUAUCUGCUACAACAUCACAUUUUCAUGCAUCAUUUUUUCAAAAUAGGAAAAUUCUUCCAGGAGGAAAUACAUCAUUUGAUGUAGUUUUUCUUGCAAGAGUAGUAGGAAAUGUAGAAAAUACAUUAUUUAUUAACACAUCUAAUCAUGGGGUAUUUACCUACCAGGUAUUUGGUGUCGGUGUUCCAAAUCCUUAUCGAUUGAGGCCAUUCCUUGGGGCCAGAGUCCCUGUGAAUAGCAGUUUCUCACCUAUAAUAAACAUACACAAUCCUCACAGUGAGCCUUUGCAGGUGGUAGAAAUGUACUCUAGUGGAGGAGAUCUUCACCUAGAACUUCCAACAGGUCAACAAGGAGGUACCAGAAAACUGUGGGAAAUCCCUCCCUAUGAAACCAAGGGCGUGAUGAGGGCCAGCUUUUCAUCCCGAGAAGCAGAUAACCACACAGCCUUCAUACGAAUCAAGACUAAUGCCUCCGACAGCACAGAGUUCAUCAUUCUUCCUGUUGAGGUUGAAGUUACAACAGCUCCUGGAAUUUAUUCCUCAACAGAAAUGUUAGAUUUUGGUACACUGCGAACACAAGAUCUACCAAAAGUUUUAAAUCUUCAUUUAUUAAAUUCAGGAGCAAAAGAUGUACCAAUAACAAGUAUUCGACCCACACCACAAAAUGAUGCUAUAACAGUGUACUUUAAACCAAUUACCUUAAAAGCUUCAGAAAGUAAAUAUACUAAGGUUGCAAGUAUUAGUUUUGAUGCAUCAAAGGCAAAAAAACCAUCUCAGUUUUCUGGGAAAAUCACUGUUAAAGCAAAGGAAAAAAGUUAUUCUAAACUUGAAAUACCAUAUCAAGUAGAAGUGUUGGAUGGUUACUUGGGAUUCGAUCACGCUGCAACAUUGUUUCACAUCCGAGACAGUCCUGCCGACCCUGUGGAAAGGCGGGUUCACCUUACUAACACCUUUAGUUUUGCCGUCCUCAUUCAUGAUGUGUUGCUACCAGAGGAAGCCAAAAUAAUGUUUAAAGUUCACAACUUCAGCAAACCAGUCUUAAUUCUUCCAAAUGAAUCAGGAUACAUUUUUACCCUGUUUUUUAUGCCAUCCACAUCAUCUGUGCACAUAGAUAACAACAUUUUGCUUAUUACCAAUGCUUCUAAAUUUCAUUUGCCUGUGCGGGUGUAUACAGGCUUUUUAGAUUAUUUUGUAUUACCCCCCAAAAUUGAGGAGCGUUUCAUAGAUUUUGGUGUACUGAGUGCAACAGAAACAAGUAAUAUUUUAUUUGCAAUUAUAAACAGCAAUCCAAUUGAGUUGGCUAUAAAAAGUUGGCAUAUCAUAGGAGAUGGUUUAUCAAUAGAACUCGUAGCUACUGAAAGAGGCAAUAGGACUACAAUAAUUUCAAGCCUUCCAGAGUUAGAAAAAUCCUCUUCAUCAGACCAGUCAUCAGUGGUAUUAGCUUCAGGCUAUUUUGCUGUGUUCAGAGUCAAACUUACUGCAAAAAAACUGGAAGGGGUUCAUGAUGGAGCCAUACAGAUCACAACAGACUAUGAGAUCCUGACGAUUCCUGUGAAGGCUGUAAUUGCAGUGGGGUCGCUGACUUGCUUCCCAAAGCAUAUGAUCCUUCCUCCGUCCUUUCCAGGGAAAAUAGUCCAUCACAGUUUAAAUAUCAUGAACUCCUUCUCACAGAAGGUAAAGAUACAGCAAAUACGAUCUUUGUCAGAAGAUGUGCGGUUUUACUACAAACGCUUACGGGGCAAUAAGGAAGACUUGGAGCCAGGGAAGAAAUCAAAGAUUGCAAACAUUUAUUUCGAUCCGGGACUGCAGUGUGGGGAUCAUUGCUAUGUUGGCUUGCCUUUUCUGUCCAAAUCUGAAGCCAAGGUGCAGCCCGGGGCAGCCAUGCAGGAGGAAAUGUGGGACGCCGACUGGAGUCUGCACCAAAGCCUGUUCAAAGGCUGGAUGGAGAUAAAGGACAACUCAGGUCAUAGAUUGAGUGCAUUAUUUGAAGUUAAUACAGACCUUCAAAAAAACAUACUAUCAAAAAUCACUGCUGAGCUCUCGUGGCCUUCCAUACUUAGCUCGCCACGGCACUUGAAAUUUCCACUUACGAAUACAAACUGCUCCUCGGAAGAAGAGAUUACUUUAGAAAAUCCUGCAGAUGUUCCUGUUUAUAUCCAGUUUAUUCCUCUGGCUUUAUAUUCCAAUCCUUCAGUCUUCGUAGACAAAUUAAUAUCAAGGUUUAACUUGAGUAAGGUGGCAAAGAUAGAUUUAAGAACACUAGAAUUUCAAGUCUUCAGAAACAGUGCUCAUCCACUGCCAGGUUCAACAGGAUUCACAGAGGGCCUCUCCAAACAUUUAAUCUUAAACCUAAUUUUAAAACCUGGAGAAAAGAAGUCUGUCAGAGUAAAGUUUACUCCGAUUCACAACAGAACUGUCUCUUCACUCAUCGUGAUCAGAAAUAACCUGACCGUGAUGGAUGCUGUGAUGGUGCAAGGACAAGGAACUACCGAGAACCUGAGGGUAGCAGGCAAGCUUCCAGGCCCAGGGAGUUCCUUACGCUUUAAAAUCACAGAAGCAUUAUUGAAAGACUGUACAGAGAGUUUGAAACUAAGAGAGCCAAAUUUCACAUUGAAAAGAACAUUUAAAGUAGAAAAUACAGGACAACUUCGAAUUCACAUAGAAACCAUUGAAGUCAGUGGGUGCUCAUGUGAGGGGUAUGGCUUCAAAGUCGUUAAUUGCCGAGCGUUUACACUGAGCGCCAACGCCUCUAAAGACAUAGUUAUAUUGUUUACUCCUGAUUUCACAGCUUCCAGAGUUAUUCGUGAACUGAAGUUCGUAACGACCAGCGGUUCUGCAUUUGUAUUUGUGUUGAAUGCCUCUCUUCCAUACCAUAUGUUAGCAACUUGUGCAGAAGCCCUUCCCAGGCCCAACUGGGAGCUAGCCCUAUAUAUCAUCAUCUCAGGAAUAAUGAGUGCACUGUUUCUCCUGGUCAUCGGAACAGCCUAUCUAGAAGCUCAAGGAAUCUGGGAGCCAUUUCGAAGGCGUCUGUCCUUUGAGGCCUCGAACCCGCCCUUUGAUGUGGGGAGACCAUUUGAUCUCAGGAGGAUCGUUGGUAUUUCAUCUGAAGGAAACUUGAACACACUCAGCUGUGACCCCGGUCACAGUCGGUUCUGUGGGCCGUCAUCCCGGCCCAGCGCAGGGAGUCACAAGCAGUGUGGCCCAUCAGUCCACCCACACAGCAGCCACAGCAGUAGAAACCCAGUUGACGUGGACGUCAGAGCCAAAAACAGCUCCAGUACCUCUAGCAGGACUUCUGCACAAUCUGUUAGCAAAGCAAGCCCUCUUGUCCUUGACUCAAACACAGUGGCCCAGAGUCACACAGCUGGCAGAAAGUCCAAAGGAGCAAAACAGAGCCAGCACAGCAGCCAGCACCAUGUCCACAGUCCUCUGGAGCAGCACUUGCCCCCUCCACCACCACCACCACCAGUGCCUCAGCACCAAGAGCCACAGCCAGGAAGGCUGUCACCUGCCCCCCUCGCGCAUCCUGCCCACCCAGAACGUGCCAGCAGCACAAGGCACAGCUCAGAGGACUCCGACAUCACUAGUCUCAUAGAAGCCAUGGACAAAGACUUCGACCACCAUGACUCCCCACCCCUAGAUGUGUUUACAGAGCAGCCACCCUCACCACUGUCAAAAAACAAAGGGAAAGGGAAACCUCUCCAGCGCAAGGGUAAGCCACCCAAGAAGCAAGAAGAGAAGGAGAGGAAAGGAAAGGGGAAGCCACAGGAAGAUGAGCUGAAAGGCUCCUUGGCUGACGAUGACAGCUCCUCCAGCACCACAGAGACCUCCAUCCCAGACACAGAGCCCCUCCUCAAGGAGGAUACAGAAAAGCAAAAAGGAAAACAAGCCAUGCCUGAAAAACAUGAAAAUGAAAUGUCUCAAGUGAAGCAAAAAAGCAAAAAGCUCUUGAAUGUUAAGAAAGAAGUCCCAACAGAUGUGAAACCCAGUUGUUUAGAGCUGCCGUACCCGCCCCCACUAGACAGUAAACGGAGAAACCUCCCAACCAAGAUUCCUCUUCCAACUGCAUUGACAAGUGGCUCCAAACCACGGAAUUCUCAGAAAGCAAAAGGUACAAAUAAGUUAGUGGAUAACAGACCUCCUGCCCCAGCAAAACUCCUCCCAAAUGGUGAAGAACCGGGCAGCACCAGCAGCUCAGAGGGUGAAAAGGACUCUCCGCCAGAGUGGGACUCCGUGCCAGUCCACAAACCCGGCAGCUCUACCGAUAGCCUUUAUAAACUUUCUCUGCAAACCCUCAACGCAGACAUUUUCUUAAAACAACGCCAGGCCUCACCAACACCAGCCUCUCCAUCUCCCCCCGCCGCACCUUGCCCGCUCACAUCCCGCAGCAGCUACAGCAGCAUCGUCAACAGCAGCUCCAUCAGCGACCCUAAAAUCAAGCAGCCAAGUGGAAGCAAACACAAAUUGACAAAAGCAGCCUCGCUCCCUGGCAAGAAUGGCAACCCCACUUUUGCUGCAGUCACAGCUGGCUACGAUAAGAGCCCCGGUGGGAAUGGCUUCGCUAAAGUUUCUUCAAACAAAACAGACUUUUCCAGCAGCCUUGGCAUCUCACAUACUCCUGCUGACAGCGACGGCUCCGACAGCUCAGGUUUGUGGAGUCCCGUCAGCAACCCCAGCAGUCCUGACUUCACACCCCUCAAUUCGUUCUCCGCCUUCGGGAAUUCUUUUAACCUAACCAGUGAAGUGUUCAGCAAACUUGGGUUAUCACGAUCGUGCAAUCAAGCCUCACAGAGGAGCUGGAAUGAGUUCGGUACAGGCCCAGCAUACCUUUGGGACUCCCCAGCAACGGAUCCCAGCCCUCCCUGGCCGGCCAGUUCCGGUUCCCCAACCCCCACGGCCACACCCGUCCUCGGCAGUCCCAGCGGCCUGUGGUCCACCACCCCAUUCAGCAGCUCCAUCUGGUCCAGCACCUCCCUCCCCUUCACCACUCCCGCCGGCACACUGACCAGCAUCGGCCUCCUGGGCGCAGAGACCAGCUCCGGCCCCCACACCCCUUCCACCUCUGGCCCCGCCGAUGACUUGGGACAGACCUACAACCCAUGGCGGGUGUGGAGCCCCACAAUCGGGAGGAGGAGCUCCGACCCGUGGUCUAAUUCGCACUUCCCUCAUGAGAAUUGAAAUUAGACCAAAAAAAAAAAAGCAGGACCCCUGGUCUAGAUCAUGACAGGCCGGUCCCCAGACGUCCAUCUGCCGUAGCUCCCGUCCCCUCCCCUCAUCUUGGCCACACAGACUCGAGCAGAGCAGGCUAUACCACCCGCUGCUUUCAGACCCUUCUCACAAUUAUGAUACUGAGAUUUGCUGUUGUGCUUUUAGAAAAAGUCUGGACUCAGCCACACUCUGAUAAGACCUGUACAUCUGGAAACCUUACCUGUUACCAAGUUUCCACCUCCCUUCUUCCAUUCUUUACUUACCCGUAUGAACACAAAUUUGACAUUGCAGCUAAGGAAGUAAUUUGAGUUGAUUCAGAAGUCUGGCAUGUGACAAUUUUAUUAAAUUACCAAGUCUGGUUUUUAAUAGUUACACAAUAUUAUGCGCCGAGAUCUAAUUUUAAAAACAUAUGAAGACUUUGUGCUGAAAAAUACAGAGUAUUUUUUUAAAAUAAGGCUGUCCUGGUUUAAAAGCAAGUUACAGAAAUGUAAGUUGACAUUAAGAACAGUGAAUGAAUGUGAAAACAUUCAAGACCAUUUGCAUUUCCUGUGCUGUUUGUACUUGAGGUAUGUAACAUUUGUAUACCUGAAUUUAUUUUAAAAGAUAAACUGAAAUGCACAUAGCCAAGUCUUGAGAUACAAGAUUGAAUGUGUAUUUCUUAAAAAUACAACUUUGUGUUGUACUUUGAAAUAAAUGCUUUUUUCAAAAGCCUUGAA